AGCAGAGAGAUGGCGAACUCUUUCACACGAAUGAUCUCUGGCCGCAACACGGCCGCGCUGUUGGCCAGCUUGGGCGCGGGAACGUUGGCGACUGGCUUCCUGUUGAGUGAAAACAGUUCUCUUGCUGCCGAGGCGAAGAAGAUGCUGUAUCCUCCCAGCUCUGAUUACCCUGACCUGAGGAAACACAACAACUGCAUGGCCGCCGCUCUGACUCCGGCCAUUUAUGCCAGACUGAGGGACAAGGUCACCCCCAACAACUGGACCCUGGACCAGUCCAUCCAAACUGGAGUGGACAACCCCGGGCACCCUUUCAUCAAGACGGUGGGGUGUGUGGCUGGUGACGAGGAGAGCUACGAGGUGUUUGCUGAGCUCUUUGACCCCAUCAUUAAAGACAGGCACAACGGCUAUGACCCCAGGACCAUGAUACACCCGACUGAUCUGGAAGCCUCCAAGAUAACCAACGGCGUGUUUGAUGAGAAAUACGUCCUCUCGUCCCGUGUCAGGACCGGACGCAGUAUCCGCGGGCUGAGCCUCCCCCCGGCCUGUUCGAGGGCCGAGCGCCGCGAGGUGGAGCGAGUGGUUGUCACGGCCCUGGCCGGCCUGAAGGAAGACCUGGCUGGACAUUAUUACAGCCUGGGGGACAUGACGGAUAAGCAGCAGCAGCAGCUCAUUGACGAUCACUUCCUGUUUGACAAGCCUGUCUCUCCACUGUUGACCUGUGCCUUUAUGGGCAGAGACUGGCCAGACGCCAGGGGCAUCUGGCACAACAAUGAGAAGACCUUCCUGAUCUGGGUGAACGAGGAGGACCACACCAGAGUCAUCUCCAUGGAGAAGGGAGGCAACAUGAAGAGAGUGUUUGAGAGAUUCUGCAGAGGACUCAAACAGGUGGAGCAUCUGAUCCAGGAGAGAGGCUGGGAGUUCAUGUGGAACGAGCAUCUGGGCUACAUCCUCACAUGUCCCUCCAACCUGGGCACCGGCCUGAGGGCGGGCGUGCACGUACGCUUGCCAAAACUCAGCCAGGAUCAACGUUUCUCCAAAAUCCUGGACCACCUGCGGCUGCAGAAGAGAGGCACAGGCGGGGUGGACACGGCUGCUACUGGAGACACCUUUGACAUAUCCAACAACGACCGUCUGGGAAAAUCUGAGGUGGAGCUGGUCCAGAUGCUAGUCGAUGGAGUCAACUACCUGAUUGAGUGUGAGAAGAAGCUGGAGAAGGGCCAGGACAUCAAAGUCCCAGCUCCCGUUGCUCAGUUUAGGAAAUAGAUGCUGGACUCCCGGUGCCUCCGGUGUUAGACAGAGGUCAGCGCCCUUUUCGGUGCUCCCUCCAACACUGAGCCCGUGGAGAAACCUCAGAAUGACCAGCGUCCACUGCUGCAGAGGAGGUCCUUUCUUUACUCCUCCCACACAA